AUGUCAGAUGCCCCUCACACGCCCACGAGUGUCUCUCGUGUCCCAACGGCAGAUGGAGCGCCCGACAUAUACGACCAUGAGAUAAAUCUCGUUGACACAACCGUUUCCGACGCGCCAGCUGAGCCGACCAGGACUCGAACCAGAUCUCCUUCAGGCAGCUGGCGGAAGAUUGGCAUAGCACGGGUACCUACACGGAGCUCUGUCAAGAACUCGUACAAUAAGCGCAAGUAUGCACGAUAUCAAGAGCAUAGGUACAACAAGGGUCAUGGGCCCACCGGGCAGGGCGAGGGCCAGCCAGCAUCGCCUCGCUCACCCCAGAACGAGACCACCGAAGCAGUCGAUUUCGCAGAUCAAAGCGAGGCACAACCGAGAUCGAGGUCGCCCCGUAAGAAGCACCACCAUCACCACAAACCGGAGUAUGUGAUUGAUGUGCUAUACGAGAACCAGCGGGGAUCAUUCUUCUUCGGCAUCCCUCUUUACUCGCACUCCUCCCUCCUCAAUUUCGACCCAAGCCCAUGGGUGAACAAGGAGUACAAGGAUUCACCAGUCAAUAUCACGAACGCUCAGGUACCAGAUCCAACGUGGGAAUGGGCAUGGAAGACGUGGUACGUGGACAUGAGCUACGACGUCGAUGAGGAAGGCUGGCAAUAUUCCUUCUCCUUUGGCAAAGGCACUGCCUGGCACGGCACGCACCCAUGGCUCUACUCCUUCGUCAGACGACGACGCUGGCUACGCAAACGCAUAAGACGCACUACCGCUGAAGCUGGUGCUCCAAAGGCCAGCAACCUCUCCGCAGCCCAUAGGCUCACAGCCGAAUACUUCACCAUCCACCCAAAACGCGACCGAAGCCGCAGCCCCGGCAGUCUGCGCCCUGAAAGCUAUGCAUCCAUCGUACCCGCCACCGAAUUCGAAGAGCCCCCAGAGGACAUCAAAGACAUCGCGACCCUCCUCAAAUCCCUCCGCCUCGCCACAAUCGACCGCGCCAAAAUCGACCUCGUCAAGCGCUUCGUCACGUCCGCCCCAGCAGACGAGCUCUCGUACCUAGGUACACACAUCCCGGACGUCAUGUCCCACCUCGUCUUCCAAAACUCCCGCCGCCAGCUCCUGCUAUACCUCAGACACUCCGCCGACGAGGUCCGACAACAUCGUGGCGAGGACGCCAAGGACUCCCAGCAACGGAUCGAUAACCUCCUCGCCGCAAUCGAAGAAGCCGACAAGGAGAUCGCUGGGCUAGAAUACUGGUCUGAUCGCAAACACGUGCUCAAGACGGCGGACGAGGACACGACGGAACAGGAAAACACGAAGAGGCAAUCGAUAGCGCCGAUUUUCGACGCGUCGUCCGCGCCCCUGCCGGAGAGGAAGCUGGAACCUGCUAGUGGCAUUAGGGGCAUUAGUAAAGAAGCAGAGGUUGGGAAGGAUGGGACGAGGAGGUUGGCGAAGGCUGUAAGCCAUAGUGUGAAUGAGGAUAUUGAUGACGCCAAUAAUGCAGACGCAGACGCGGAGGCGAGGAGGAAAAGGAAGGGAAAGCAGCGUGCUGGUGCUGAUGGGGUGGACGAUUCCGAUGGUGAUAAUGAUGACGAUAGCCGAAAGGAAGAAGUCGGCAGUCCACCACGUUUGAAGCAGGAUCAGGUUUUGAUUCCUGAUACGGAAUGA